CAGAGGGAGGUGACAUUAGAAAUGCAGCAAAUCAGAUUUUAAAAUCCUUUGAAUGUCAUUCAUCAACUAAGAAGGACAACUGAAGCAUUGGAAGACCAAGAGGAAGUCAAAAGCGACUAAAUUUAUAGCUUCUCUGAAUUCCUCAGAUAAAAUGAAGCUUUUCAUACUUUCUGUGCUACUUUAUGCUUUCCUGGUCAGAAAUUGCUUGGGAGAAUAUUCUCCUCCAAAAUUUGUUUGCACCCCAAUGCCUUUAGAUAUGGACUGCCAGCCAAACAUGCAGCGUCAUAGUGCAGGUAGUGGAGGGCACUGGGUUGGCAUGCAAGAAGAAGCAAAGGAAACCAUUCUACAUCUCCGUGAGACAGUUGUUCACCAGAAGGAAACAAUACUAGAUCAGAGGGAGACAAUCAGAGAGCUAAAUGUGAAACUUAGUCGUUGUGAAGGUUAUCCUCAUAGUAGAGGACAUGAAGAAGGCUAUGGUCAUUCUUCUGAGCAUGGAAAAGAAAGAGAACAUGGGCAUGAGGAACCUUUUGGACAUGAGAGUGCACAUGGGCAUGAAAGCACACAUGGACAGGAAAGUGGACAUGGACAUGAAAGAGAACAUGGUCCCAAAAGGGAACAUGGUCAUGAGUUGGAAGAGGGGCAUGAAAGAGAACAUGGGCAUGAGAGAGAACAUGGACCAAAAAGAGAACAUGGCCAUGAAUGGGAACAAAGGCAUGAGCGGGAGAAUGGCCAUGAACGAGAACAUGGUCAUGAAUGGGAAGAGAGGCAUGAGCGGGAGAAUGGCCAUGAACGAGAACAUGGCCAUGACAGAGAAUAUCCUCACAGUUAUGAUGAUGUACAUGGACAUAUAAGAGAUCAUGAAUAUCAUCAUCUCACCAACCGGGAACAGCCAGCACAUGACUCACAUUACCGCAAACCAAGUGCUCCACCAAACACAAUGGAAGACCCCCCAGAGGUGACUUCACCUAGUGCUCUUCAAAUGGAAAGAAUGCUGGAAUCACUGAAGGACAGACUGGAACAUUUACAGAGAAACAGAAACUCCAGUCUCUUUUCCACAUCUUUAAGAGACACCCUCCAAAAGAAGAUCAGUAUCUUGGAACAUCAGCUCCAUGAAAAGCGUAACACAUCAGAGCACCAUGAUAAAGACCAUGAUCAGGAGCAUGAAGACCAUGGUAGACACAAGAUGGACAGUGCACUACAUGGGAAUGGUAAAGGACAUAAAGCAGACAAGAAGUCUAAUGAUUUCAGAGUCAGUUUCCCUCUCAGAACAAGUUAUAUGUAUGCCAAGGUGAAACGGACGCUUCACCACGAGAUCUUUGCGUUCACCAUCUGCUUAUGGUUGAAGUCCAAUUCAUCCCCUGGCAUGGGCACACCUUUUUCCUAUUCUGUUCCAGGCCAGGCCAAUGAAGUGGUGCUUAUUGAGUGGGGAAACAACCCCAUGGAAUUGCUUAUUAAUGACAAGGCUGCAACUCUACCACUGGCCAUCAAUGAUGCUAAGUGGCACCAUGUUUGCGUUACAUGGUCUUCCAGGGAUGGAUUAUGGGAGUCAUACCUGGAUGGUGUAAGACGUGGAAAUGGUGAAAACUUGGCACCUUGGCAUCCAAUAAAACCGGGUGGAGUAUUUAUUUUGGGACAAGAACAGGAUACCUUGGGAGGAAGGUUUGAUGCUACACAAGCCUUUGUGGGAGAAAUUUCCGACUUUAACAUGUGGAGCCACAUCUUAACACCUAGUGAGAUUUACAAGCUGGCAACCUGUGCUGUCUAUUCCACUGGCGACGUCAUAGAGUGGAUGGAGUCAUCCAUGGAGCUCCACGGUGGUGUUACCAAGCUCCCUUUCAACUCUUGUCAUUGACAUGAGGAGUCCCUCCACAUGCAGCAUGCUCUGAUAGGGAACCCAGGCAUGGAAUGGGUUCCCAGUACCCCAAUGACUAAUGUUUCAAAUGGAGUAGAAACCAUUGUGCAUCACUGUUAUUCCCACACAUGGAUGACAUUGUUUCCUUCCGUAUUGCUUUUUGGUCACAAUCUAUUGUCUUUGUAAUAGUGUGUUGUAUUUUGCAGAUGUAAUGUGGUUUGCAUACUCGAGCAGCUAGCAUACAGGUGUAUUUUUCUACUGCAUGCCUAAUCCUGCAAACUAUUACUGAAAGCUCUCACAUAGUGUUAGAGAAAAUAAAACUGCCAGGUACUCUGCAUGUAUGGAAAUAUCCUUCAGGUCUCUCUUUACGGAAAUAAUUCUGAAAAGGUAUGAAGCACCACUCAAUCAUUUGGUAGACACUGCUUUGCAUUCAGUGGAACAGAAUUCAGUACCCAGAAGGUACUUGUCUAGAAAACUUUGUGGAGUGUUCUCAAGGGAUGCCUAUCUGGUAUAAAGAUAAGUUGAAAUUGUGUAAAAAUGACUUAAGGUCCCUUUACAUUGGUCAAUAUUAAAGCAGAUAGUCGGG